GACGAUCGUCCUUCCCAGCGUGACAGAUAACUUUACCUUGAAGGCUUGUCCGCGUGACCUUGUUUUGUUGUUGUUUUUUACUAUUAAUUCAACUGAAUAAUAUAGGAUUAUCGAGUAAUCUUUUAUUUUUGGUCAAUUUUUGGAUCGGCCUUCUCUGUCUUUGCCCCAAGGUGGGUGGGUUAGAAUUUUUGUUUGGUGCAAACUAAGAAAGCUAUUGUCAGUAGAAGCUUCCUUUGUGUUAUCGGCACACGGCUAAACUGAUGUAUUCUUCUCAAGGAGGAACACAAGGUGAAUCUCUUGACCCACAAACUAUUAUUUCAAGACUGCUGGUUUUCACAGCAGUAACAGUUUGUUUGGUAGUGCUUACGAAGUGGUACUUUGGUGGAGGAGUGUGCAGAAGCAAGGCAAGAUUAGAUGGUAAGAAUGAAUGUAAAUUCCGGAGAGAAUUUAAUUUAAUGUACGCACCGUAAGGGUUUUGCUUUCAUUUAUGUUAAGGCUGAUGCAUUGAUGUCAAUAACCAGUGUCAUCACAAAAAUCAUCUAAGUUCUGUUGGCACCAUCUUUUUUUAAUUUCCUAUAGGACUACCUCGAAGGUAGUUUUCUUCUGUCCAUACUUAAGAGCAGUAAUCUGAUAAGGGUGUUCAUGUUUAAGUUCUCCUGCAGUAAAAAAUUUUCUUCUUGUUCGCUAAUGAUUUAAUGUCAUAUUUAGCCAAAAAGCAUUAUACCAGCUGGUGGGACAUUUUGGAAAACAAGUUAUUGUUUUUAUUUAAUUUUUUUAAACUGUGAUUUCUCAUUUCAAACAUCUGUCAUUACGCACCUGAUUGUGCUGUAUUGAGAGAGCUGUAUUAAAUUAUAAAGUGUUGGCAUUUUCUCACCAGUGGGACUUUGUUCCUUGGAUUAUGCGAGAGAUUAUUUUCUUUUUUGAAAAUUCUUUUAGGCUUUUAUGGAGACUGACUACAAUUUACAUGAUUGGGAAUUCUUUUUUAUGCUAACUCUAGAUACCAUUUUUUAGGCAAGACUGUUGUUGUAACAGGGGCAAACACUGGAAUAGGAAAGGAGACUGCUUUGGAUCUAGUUAAAAGGGGUGCUAAGGUCAUUUUGGCUUGUCGAGAUGAACAGAGAGCCACAGAUGCAGCAAAGGACAUUAUUGCGGAGACUGGAAGUGAUAAAGUCCUUGUUAGAAUUGUUGACCUGUCUUCCUUUGAGUCUGUGAGAGCCUUUGCUAGGCUCAUCAAUGAAACUGAAGAAAGAUUGGACAUUCUUGUAAAUAACGCUGGCUUUAUUGGGUCUUACCAAUUGACUAAGGAUGGAUAUGAAAGCAAAAUUCCAAGUAAACUAUCUCAGCCAUUUUCUUCUGACACUACUUCUGUUGGACAAAAUGAAGAAAUCUGCACCAAGUCGCAUUGUAAAUGUCUCAGCCUUGGCCCAUGAAUUUAAGAGUGCUAAUCUACAACUGGAUGAUUUUGUUCUUUCGAAGGAGAAAGUCAGCCUGGGAUUUGAACGUUAUGCUCAAUCAAAAUUGGCCCAGGUAGUGUUCACAAAGGAAUUGAGCCGAAGACUGGAGGGUGAGUUAAAUUAGUUUGUUCCACAGGGUAAUCAAUAUUGUCAAUAUGCUGGAAGGUUGUGGGCAAGUAAGAAAAAGUUUGUGACCAGGUUAUUGUGCAUGUAAGGCUGUUUUGUCUGAUUAUACACAUGACUGGAAACUAUGUAUUCAGAAUGUCUAAGGAGUUCCAUAAAAUUUGGGUGAAUCUGGCAACAAAUUCUAAAUGAGAAUCAGUUUAUUUAUCUAAACAUUUAAUCCUUUAACUCCCAAGUUCUCAUUAGUAAUUCUCCUUACUGUCUGUCAUAUAGCUCUUGUGAUGUUAGUUUGGAGAAUUUGGUAUUGGAUCGACUAAUAAUCCCCUAAUUGAUAGUUUUCUUUAUUCUCAUCACUUUUCUGCUUGACUUUGUAUUGAUAUGUAAGGAGAAAUCCUGUCUUGGUGGCUCAUGAGACUUAAAGGGUUAAGUGGCGAGCCAUGUAUUCAAUUCCACUCAAAAACUGGGGAAUGGUUGUUGUACAAAUGUUUUGGAUGGUUAAGUCUGAAUGAUAAGGAAGUAAGAAAAGAAGAACAGUAAGCAAUAAUUUAUUGUAAAAAAUCUCAAUUAUUUUGAAAAUAAUUUUUUUGAGAAAAAAAAUCCAAAUGAGAGAAAAAUUGAAGCAUUGGAUUUUUGCCUUACUGAUGCUCCAGUUUAUAUCUCACAAUUUUAAUUUGUUUUCAGUUGACACUUAGAACUAGAACUAGCAUGAGGUAUCAAGAUGUUCCUUAUGAAUAUUAUUUUUCUGGUAUUUUAGGAACUGGAGUGACAGUUUAUGCUCUUCAUCCUGGUGGUGUCAAAUCAGACAUAUGGCGGUAUUUACCAAUUCUGGAGAACCCGUUCCUUAAACCAUUUGUAAUGAUUAUUACAUUUCUGUUCAUGAAAGAUUGCAAGCAAGGAGCACAGACAACCAUCUUCUGUUCAGUGGCAGAAGAGCUGGAAGGUGUCUCUGGCCUUUACUACAGUGAUUGUAAAGUCAGAGAAGGCAAUAAACAGGCAAAAGAUCCUGGUUUGGCAAAGAAGUUGUGGGAUGUUAGUGAGAGGAUCACUGGAGAAAGCUGGAAAGAAUAAGAUGAAGAUGAACAUCUUUGUAGCUUAUUAUUGGUACAUUUCUUGGUACAGUCCUUGAAACCUGGGGUGUAGUGUACAUGUAAGAGUUUUGAAUUGUUCUAGCCCUGGGUAGUCUAUGAUGAAAAGUUAAUUUUUGAGGAUGAUAAGAAUUUAUGGAUGUCUUUAUCAUUAAGAUGCUUGGUAAUACAUUUGUUUACCCUGACAAAGACUAAAGACCCAUAACCUGUGAAUUAUUACUGCUUUACUAACUUGUGAUAUUAUGAAAAAGCCAAAAUAUAUAUGGAUCAUGACCACCAGUUUGCUUGAGGUGUUGUUAUCCACCCUAGGGGGAGGCAGAAAGGAAGGAGAGGAAAUGGGAAUAUGGCAAGUUUGUGCUAAGGCUUAAUUGACACUCUGACCCAUUGUGAGAUCCAGCUCACUUCCCAGUUUAACCCAAACAAUGUCUUUGAUUGGGUGGCAAAUCCACCCAUGGAGCCACAUAUAACACGUAAAACAAUAUUUAGAAUUGACAGACAACAUCGAGACUGUCCACCAUAAAUUCAUGCACCAUUCAAGCUUUCUUGUGUGUUGACAUUCCCUAUUCAAGACAUUUGGUAGUGGAGUUGUAAUCCCUUUUUAUUUUGGAAAGCCAGGAAAAAUUACGCUAUUUGGAAGCACAAACCCCUUUCAUGUAAAAUAAAGGAGUGUCCCCCCUCCCCUCCCCCCACCCACCUGCUUCUGGUGAACUUAGCGAGAGUUGUUAAAAACAAGGGCACCAAAGAAAUUGUGUCAUGGAAGCACCAGCUUAUCUCGAUUUCGGCCAAAAAAUUCUCGAGAUUACGAAGGAAACUUUGUAAGAUGUGAUCCAGAGCCCAUCGUUUGCUUUGAUCGGCGCGGACGUCGCGCGCGCAACGUGGUGAGUACUCAAACUAUGGCGGUGUUUUUGGUGUGUGCUGUGUUUCUUUCGCUCUCUCGUUGUUUUGAGGUAGCCUAUGGUGAAAAGACAAACAAAGGUUUGUUCUCAAAUGAAUCUUACUACAAUUAUUUUUUAAACCAAGCCCAAAACAAUAAUAGUCCCCCUCGAGCAUAGCGUGACUAACACAUUUUAGGCUUUCGUGUUGCCUAAUGCUUGCGCGUGUCCGCUGUAAAGAGGUUCCCUUUGACUCAAGGUGUCCCCUCUAGCGCGGAUUUUAUCUGCAUGUGAAUUGUCUGCUAAAAAAACUGAUGGCCAACGUGAUAGCGUUUUUUUGUCACAUAUUUGAUUCGCUGAGUCAGUCUCUGAUUUUCCUUAGCAAACUCUCAGUUUGGGGUCGGUUAAGUGAAAACUUCUUGACCUCGAUCUUUAUUAAUUAGCUUAACAGCAGAAAAGGAAAAAAUCGAAUGAUCUCUAAUUUUAUCAUAAAGUGGAAUUUCUUUCUGUUACUAUCUAACGUGUGAGCAUUUUUGUACGGUGCAAAGCCAAUGACAAUAAGCGUUAACUAUGUUUUUUGAAUCACAGAAGGCGAGCUUCUUAACUCCAAAUGUAUUGCAACAAGGCUGUUAGUUGUCACAGCGUCAACAAUUUGUCUGGCAGUGAUCAUUAAGUGGUAUUUUGGUGGAGGAGUGUGCAGGAGCAAGGCAAGAUUAGAUGGUAUGAGUGCAUUGUGAAAAAAAUUUAUAAUUUGCCUAGCCCGGAUGAUGGCCUUUUGGGGUGGAGGUUUAAUUACUAAUCCCCACAAGGGCGAUUUGAGUACAUCUCGCCCUGAAAGGUACAGUUUUCGAGCUGUUUUGUUCAUAAGAGAGAUGUGGAUUUUAACCAUUUUGCUCUUGAUUAUUUAUGAUUUUCAAAGGAAACCAUGGGAGCAUAUAUAUAAAUUAUUUUGAAUUCUGAACUUCAGCUGCAAAUGAACAUCAGAGAAAGAGAGCUUAACCAAAAUAUAUUAUCUGAGCUGAAUUUUCUGUAAAUUUUACCAAUUCUAAGUUUUAAAAUCGACAUGCAGAUAAAAAAGGUAUUGGAUUCAUUUGUAAAUCAAGUGCAUCUUGCUAGGUUUGAUUUUGGGUAUGGGGAAUGCCCCCACCACACUCCAACACAUUAUGAUGUACCUAUAAGCUAUACUUUGGUUAUAAAGCAUGUUAGUUAAUCUAAGUUAUUAGGUAAAAGAAAAAAAUCCACUAGUGGCAGCAUUCUUCUGUGAUUGAGUGCAUGUAUGGUAAAGGCUUCAUAAAUAUGUGCUGCCAUGUAAAAGUAUUUCAUCUAAAGUGUCACAGGAAUUUUUUUUCUUUUAUCUCUGGCUGAAUGGAGUUAUACAGUUUCAAAGUCAAUAAGUGGUCAGAAUGACAAGUUCAUAUCAUGGCAGUUUGAUGACUGGUGGCAAUUAAUGAGCUUGGCGAUAUGUUUCUUUGCGCGGACACUCAAUUUUAUGCUAACACUGCCUUUGUUUAGGUAAGACUGUUAUUGUAACAGGGGCAAACACUGGAAUAGGGAAAGAGACUGCUUCAGACCUUGCCAGGAGGGGUGCUAAGGUCAUUUUGGCUUGCCGAGAUGAACAGAGAGCCACAGAUGCAGCAAAGGACAUUAUUGCUGAGACUGGAAGUGAUAAAGUCCUUGUUAGAAUUUUAGAUCUGAAUUCCUUUGAGUCUGUGAGAUCCUUUGCUAAGCUCAUCAGUGAAACAGAGGAAAGAUUGGACAUUCUUGUGAACAAUGCAGGUGAGUAAAUAAGAAAACAGGCUGAGAGACUCUAAAGCUUUAACCAAUAGUCUUUUAUCUAAAAUUACAAUAUGAAGACAAAAACACAAAAACUUUGUUCAAAAAGGAAUUAUAAUGUUAGAGAUCACUAACCCAUUCACCCAUAAAUGUGUAUGGCUAGCAUCUAAUUUCUAUUUCUAGAAUCAUGAGAACAAAUGAAAAGAUUGUCAACUUGAAAAGCCUUGAUUGUUAAACAAAUUCUCCCAGUUGUUGCUAUAAGAAAUGUAUAUAGAAUAGUAUGGAGAAUAUGCACAGUGAUGUUUGAGUGUAAAGGGUUAAAGUUGAAGUUAAUUCUCCAUAAAAUAUCAUUUCAUAGGGAUUGGACUUGGUGCUCCUUACAGGCUGACUAAAGAUGGUUAUGAAAGUGUUUUCCAAGUAAACUACCUCAGCCAUUUUCUUCUGACUCUACUUCUGUUGGACAAAAUGAAGAAAUCAGCACCAAGUCGCAUUGUAAAUGUUUCAUCCUUGGCACAUGAACAAAAGAUUGCUACUCUCCAGCUUGAAGAUUUUAAACUUUCUAAGGAGAAGUUUGAUAAAGGAUUUGGACGUUAUGCUCAAUCGAAGUUGGCCCAAGUGGUGUUCACGAAGGAACUAAGCCGAAGACUGGAGGGUGAGUAAAAAUUAAUGUUUGGGUGCUCAAGACAACCAGGUCCAAUUAUAUUGCAACCUAGUAUGGUCCUUUUGCAGACAGUUUGGUUAUCAGAGGAUUUGGUCUUGGUUUUGGACUUGAGAACAAUUAUAAUGAAUAUUAGCAGAUUGGACCUUGGAUUCAAUCUGUCUAGAAGUUGAAAUUGUGGAUUUCUUCACUAAUAAUGAUGUUCAACUUGGUAUCUGCUGACCUAGUAAGCUUUUCAUUUUUCUUGGCUUAGAGGAAGCCAAAAAUCCUUUCCUGUUGUAAAGACCUGGAUGACUUUGAAAUUCAGUAUGUUAUGGGCUGUUUAACUCUCAUGUGCUACAUUUUCAAAAACCAGCAAAGACAGAGCAACUUUUGGCAAAUUUGAAAACGUGUGGUAGUAAGAAAGGUAAAACAAACACAAGCUCAUUUGUGGUGAGGUAUAUUGUGGUACAUUUUAAUCAAAGUGAUGUCAUACCUUGAUUAUGAUUUGAAUGAAAAUUGUGAAACUCUAUAAAUUAUAAUUUAAAGUAUAUUUAAAGGUUCCACUCGAAGUAUCAGAAGAAAAUUGAGUAGAUUAGAAUGGUGUUUCUCAAGCAAGUUACAUUAGGAUCACUAUUGGGAGAACUAAAUUAAAUUUUUUUUCAACUGACAUUAAGGAUUAUAAUGAGGUAUCAAGAUGGCUCUUAUAUUGAUCAUUCUUCUUCCUUUGUUUUAGGAACUGGAGUGACAGUGUAUGCUCUUCAUCCUGGUGGUGUCAAUUCAGACAUUUGGCGCAACUAUAAGUUCCUGGAGAAUCCAUUCCUGAAACCAUUUGUAACCCUGAUUGCAUAUUUGUUCUUGAAAGAUUGUAAGCAAGGAGCACAGACAUCAAUCUACUGUUCAGUGGCUGAAGAGCUGGAAGGUGUCUCAGGCCUUUACUUCAGUGAUUGUAAAGUCAGAGAAGGCAAUAAACUGGCAAAAGAUCCUGGUUUGGCAAAGAAGUUGUGGGAUGUUAGUGAGAGGAUCACUAGAGAAAGCUGGAAAUAUUAGAUAUUGUAGUCAUGCAUGUACACAUUUUCAAGUAGAAUAGAACCUUUGCUUGUUUUCCAGUGCCAAUCAGAGCUUGCUUACAAGCUGUUACUAAGUGACAUGGUUUUUCUUUCAUGUCCCUUUUAUUUCAUGUAUAUUAAUCCUCCUCACUCAAGUUCAAUGCAUUAUCCCUCAAGUAGCUGUGAUAGGCAUUGCAUACAUAUCAAUAAGUCAGAAGGAAUAAACUUGAUUACUUAAGGCUUAUAAUUACUAGACAUGGAGCUAUGUAAGGUUGUUACCAUUAUUUUACAUAAACUUAUGUUAUACAACCUUGGCAAAGUUCUGUUAGGAGCAUUGAUCAUGUCAUCGUAGUAGAGAGUUGUUAAAUCCAUUUUAGCACCAGUUGUGGCCUGGAUAACAUGCCCUCUACUCAGUGGUGUCACAUGUCAUUUCAGACUUUGGUUUGGCAGUAUUAUUUGAUGUUUAGCUUACAUAUAUCAUAUUCGAGUUUUGUAUUUUUGAAAGUAGUGGCUAGACAGUGGCAUAGUUAUAAUAAAGGAUGCCUUUUUUCAUGUUAUUCGCUUUUUAAGAGGAAUAUUGUGUUGGUUUGACAGCUUGAAGAGUAGCAGGAGAUAUAAAUGGAUGUUGAAUUUAAAUCCACAUUUCUUAUUGUGCUUUUUGUGUGGAACUUAAAACAAAAAAUUAGUAGGAUAUAAAUAUGUAUAUAUUUUUUUAAUGAGGUCACGAAUCCGAUCCUACUAACGCAUCGACCAACGUGUCCGCCGACACACCCCCGACACUCUACCGACGCCGAGGGGAAAGGAAUGAAAUACCGUAAACACGCAUAUCACCGUGUUUUGAAGCUCAAUGCUGGAAAAAAAGUUCCUUAAAAAAUUGUGGUUAAUCAUCAGAAAGACUGACUCAAAAUUUCGCUGUAACGUUCCGUAAAGCCACCGAUUGAUCGUUUGACUCUUUCUAUUAUACUCAACAAAAUUAAACCGAAUACCUCCUUGAACCAGUAUGACAUUGCUUUUUUUUAGUAUAUUUUCAUUAGUCAGUGCACUGUGAACACUUACAAACAUAGGUUUUGGUUAGUUAUAGUGGCUAUCAGUAGCUCCAUUUCGGCAAACAGCCCGUAGAUCUUUCAGAACAAAGAAAUAUUUUAGAAAUAUUUUCCAUCUCGUCAUAAGCUCACUGGGUUGUAUGCACGGGUACAUUUAAAGAAGGUCGGGGAAUCAAUCAACACCAAAGAUACUCCUGUUUAUUUCCACAUCUAAGAUCACUAUACUACAAGCAGGGGCAGGACGGCUGUCUUUUCAAGCACAAAAUAAAUGAUGUACAACGAGAAAACACGAGAGGUUGAUUUGAAAGAUGUCAGGUUUUACUCAUUAUUUCAUCAUGACAUUUAGAUAAAUGUCAAAACCAUUUUAGUCAUAGCAUAGAUUGCAUGGAAUUGUUUGUUGACAUAUUUCUACCCUCUCUAAAACCGAACCAAAUUCUUUCCCAAAACCUUAAAAAAAAAAAAAAGACGAAAAUAAGAGAAAGAAAAACCAUGCAACUUGGGGAAAUUGCCCCUCAAAUAUUGAAAAAACUCCCCUCUCAAAAUUUAGGCUAUGUACAUCUCACUCGCCCGAAUAUGCACGGACGAAAGCCAUUAUUUUAGCUUCUCCACGCUGGAUCACGCGAGUUCCAAGGAAUCCUGAGAGGAAAAAAAAAUAAGGUCGCCAGGCACUAUCAUUUCGACCUCAGUCAGGUUCAAGCGCUAUAAUCAGCAGGUCAGCUGGAAGAUUUAGUCUCCAUUCUCCCCUCAUUUUCUCGAACGCCUGGAUUAUUGUUGUCAGAAGCUUUCUGCAUGAUGGCUCAAGGAGGGAAGGUAGUCUUCGUGAUAUUUCUUUCAUGUUACCUCUCAGAAAUCUUAUCAUAUGCAUCUGGUGAGUGUUAUCCGUAUAUUGCGUAGUUAAAACUUUUGUUUGUACGCGAUCUGACAUACAAGAAAUGCUGUCGCCAUACUUAGCAUUGUUUCGGCUCUGAAUAUUUCUCGUAAAUUUAUUUGUGACUUUGUCAAUUUUUAACUAAAAUGUGGCUAAUUUUUGUGAAGAAGAUUAGUUGGUGUAUUUUUGUAGCAGAUCGAUUCUUGUAUGCGUUUCCAAUCUGUAAUUUUUUAGUAUACUAAUACCGUAGCCAGCAGCUGUUAUUAUUUUAAUGACAGCUGAUUCACGGGAAUUUCGUAAUACAGACGAUUUAGUUAGGAAAGUAAGAAAACCUGAAUAUAUUCUAUUAAACUUAAGUCAUGGAAUGGUAAGCUUAAUUUAAGUGAAGACUUUCAAUAAAUUGAUACAUUAAUCUAGGCUAGAAAUUUCAAGAGGCUCUGAAUCCUCACCAGUAUUUGUUAAUAAUUUAUGACUAACAUAUACAGUGCACAAGGAUAUUCAUCUUCAAUAAUCCUUUCAACACUUUCAAUGCCACUGCCUUUCAUUUUUACAUGUGACUUCAUGUUAGGAAUAUACCCACAGCACUAACUUACUUUGCAUUUUUCCUAAAUAUUUUUAAAAUUAUCAGCCAUGAGAUUCUUAAUUGUCAAGGGUGUUUGAAAUGCUCAAAUUUCUUUUCCCGUUCAGAAAAAUAUUGUAGAUGAAUACAGUAGAAGUGUUUUUAUGACAAAUUCAUUUGAUGGUUGUUAAACGAAUUGCAUUCUUAAUCACAGGAAUUGUUAAUUAAGCUAAUGGUUGGACCAAAGUUUCUCCCUUUUGCCAUUUAAAUAAUUGUUUUUUGCUCAAAGUUACAUGUUAGUUUUAUAGAUCAUUAAGUGUAAGUAACUGUAGGAGAACACAGAAUUAAGUUUCUGAGUUGUAUAAUGUUGUAAAAAUCAAUAAGAUGUACUUUCCCUUUGCUGGUACUAAAUCAUGUUAAUGUACACAAUGUUCUUUCAUAUUAAGGAGCCUCACCUUGUGAGGAUCAUCAUCCAAGAUGUGGCCACUGGGCAUCCAAAGGAGAAUGCAAGAAAAAUGUCAAGUGGAUGUCAAAGCACUGUCGAUCAACUUGUGGCCUGUGUGCCCAAGGUACAACCACUGUUACAUUUUGAAUGUCAAUCAUAACAACAACUACUGGGUUGAUGUUUCAUUUUUGUUAAAAUUGCCUUUUUUGUAGAGGAUCUCCUUAUUAAUUCUCAAAUAUGAAAUACACAAAAAAUCAUUUUUUGACCUGAAGCAGCUAACUGAGUUUUCUUGGGAACCUGUAGAACUGAGUUCACACUAAAUACAGGGUCAAGAGCAGUGAACAUUUUAAACAUUGAAAGAUGCAGCCAUCUCCCUUUUUUGAAAUCUUUAGGUUAUUGAUAAACUAUUACUUCAUUGUUUGACAGAUCUCAAGAGGAUUGACUGAAAUGGCAUUAGUUUAGACAGUUCACUGAUUUUAUGGUGUUUAUAUAGAGAGUAUUCAUAGGUCAAGUGAUCCCUCUUACUGCUCUGAUUCAACUGUCUUUUAUUUAGUAUCAAGAUAAUACAUUUACUGUACAAUGCUUGUAAUUAGUUAUGUUAUGUUUACUUAGGAAAGUAGUUUUACAAGAUGAUUGAGUAAUAGGAAAUGUCCUUACAAUAGUAAUGCUAUGUAACAUAAUACACUACUUCACAGUGUACUACAGUGUAGCAGAAUGGGGAAGAAAUCAUCAAAUGACACCUGAGCUAACUCCCAGAAAUCCUGGGUCAUUUAAGGGAUUUGUUUGCGAAUGUGACCUUUUUUGCUAUUGCUUACUUGAAUUUCCAAGUGUAAACUUGAUAAGUGGCAUCUUAUCCAAAUUGAAGACAACAACAGAUACAUCAUUUGGAACAAAAUGGUGCAAAAUCCAUACCUCCUCUAACUUCUAGUCAACAGAAGCAAGCUAAAGAAUGCCAAGAGUACAGACAAUCCACUCAAUAAUUCAUUUGUAUUAUGGCAUGUAAAACUCUUUAAUGAUACAAUAAUUUUGUGUCUUGUCUUUCAAUCAAGCUAAUGUUCAUGAUCUGUACAAACAAGCCAAACUGGAGAUACAUGGAGCUUUUCUUCUGUUCUUUGGUAUUGUUGGCAUAGUUGUGGUAGGAGCAUUCACUAAAAUACAUUUUGAAGGGCCAUCAUGUCCAAGUUCAGCAAAGAUGACAGGUACCAUAAGUAUUUCCUUCUUGUUCAAGCUAUGGCAAACCUAAAGAAUUCAAAAAACCCAACCAUUAUUGAAGUUUUCUUGUAGGUGCUAUGGGUUUAUGCUGUUAACAGAGAUUGAUAAGCUAUUAUGAAGUUCAUACUCACACAAACAUUUUCGUGAAACAAAAAAUGCUGAAAAAAUAUCAUAAAUUUUGUUUUUUUAUCUCUAUAAUCUUGCUGGCAAUCUGUUUUAAUCCUCCUAAUCUAAUUAGCUAACUUUCUUCCUUCUUGGUUUAACUUCAUUUUCUUUUUCUAAGUUACAAUUUAUUUUGGUCCCCUGACAUUUGGAAAUAAUUUUCACAGCACAAAAAAUGACUCAAAACACGAUUGCUUCUUAACCCUUUAACUCCCAGAUCAAAUUUCUUGUUUCUCCUUACAGUCAACCAUAAAAUUCUUAUAAUGUUAGUUCAGAGAAUUAAGUAUUGGAUCAACUGAUUAUCCCCAAAUUGAUAUUUGUCUUUAUUCUCAUCACUUAUCUGGUUGAUAUUGUAUUGAUAUUGUAGGGAGAAAUUCUGUCUUGGUCACUCAUGGGAUUUAAAAGGUUAAAGGAAUGAAUUCAUCUUUUUUUUUUGUACAACAUUAGGAAAAACUGUAGUGAUAACAGGAGGAAACACAGGUAUUGGUAAAGAAACAGCAAGAAUCUUGGCUUGGAGAAAGGCGAGGGUGAUCAUUGGCUGCAGAAACAUCACAAAGGGCUUACAUGCUGCUGCAGAAAUCAUUGAAAACACUGGAAAUAGAAACAUAGAAGUGAAAAAAUUAGACUUGUCUUGUUUUAAGUCAGUACAAAGAUUUGCAGAAGAGGUAAAUGAAGAAGAACAAAGGGUGGAUGUCUUGAUAAACAAUGCUGGUUACAUUGGGCCCUACUGUACAACAGUUGAUGAGCUUGAAAAUACUAUUCAAGUUAACUAUCUUAGUCAUUUUUUGUUGUCACAUCUUCUCCUUGAUAAACUUAAAGCCAGUUCUCCUAGUCGUAUUAUUAAUGUGUCAUCAAGGCAGCAUGCUGAGGUGUCACAGAUUGAUGUUGGCAAAGUCCUGUCACAAAAGAAGGAAGGUUAUGGAAUUAUCAAAGCCUACAAUAACAGCAAAUUAUGCCAAGUUCUUUCCACCAUUGAGAUGAGCAAGAGAAUCAAAGGUAAUUUAACUAUUACUAUGGCUGACAUUGUUACUUAAAAGUUUGAAAACUAAACUCCAAAAUUAUACCAAAUCAUUCCAUGUGCUUUUUCCAUUUCCAAACUGGAUCAAGUGUCCAAAAAAAAUUACACUUUGUGUAUCAUGUACUCAAACAUCCUAAAAAGUCACUGUCGUUCAGACAACCACCUAGUCAAAGCUUAUCCAAGUUUCUUUAAUAUUAAAAAAACUAGGAGUAUCAUUACUCCCCCCCUGGUUGGGAUGCCACUCCAUCACAAGGUUAUUCCCCCCCAGCAUUUCAUCAGGCUUCCCUGACAAUUCAUCUGUACCCAUUUAUACUCCUAGGUGUAGAAAGGCACUUUGAAAACAAAAAGUUUUGCUUGAGAACAUGACACAUUUACCCAGCCAGGUCUCAAACAAGGACCUCUUGACCUAGAGUCCAGUGCACUGACCAUGAAGGCACUGCAACUCCUACAUGGGUGAUAACAUCAUCAUGUAUAUUAUAUUGUGAAGUAUAUGAUUGAAAAGAGUCUUAUUAUUGUUGUUCUUUUCCUUUGUCUAGGAUCAGGAGUCACCGUGAAUGCUCUUCAUCCUGGGGUUGUUGGAACCGAAAUUACAAGGAAUUUUAGGAUUCUUCAGAUGUGGAUUAUAAGACCCCUCCUUUGGUUUGUGUCAUAUUUCUUUUUUAAAACAAUAAACAGUGGAGCUCAGACGUCCAUCUACUGUGCAGUUGCAGAGGAGCUUAAGGAUGUUUCUGGGAAAUAUUUUAAGGACUGUGCAAUGGUUGAGUGCAGUGAUUUGGCCAAAGAUAAAAAAUUAGCAGAGGAACUAUGGAAGGAAAGCGAAAAGCUCACAGAAUUAGAUAAACAAUGACCUCUAGCAUGGAAUCACAGCAAGAUGUCUUUUUAGGGAGUUGUUUUCAAAUUUAUGUCCAUGCUUGGUUUCCCUUAAAGAAGUUAGCAGCAAUUGCCUGUCUCCUGUUAACCUUUUAACUAGUUGGAGUUGAUUCUUGAUUCUUGAUUCUCCCUUCUGGCUGCCAUUCAUUUCUUAGUGAAUAAUUAAAGAAAUACCCUCUAGCUAGUACUUUUUGCCAGUCCCAUCUCUUGUUUGCCAGAUAGUGUGUGCUAAGUUGGUCAGUAAGUGUCAUUUAAAAUAUUUAUCACUUCAGGGAGUUAGGGAUGAAAGUUUACCAAAGCUUUUUUCAUUCUUUAAAAGCAUUAAAUGAAUAACAGAUAGUAGGGAGAAUUGGAAACAAGAUCUUAAGAGUUUAAUUGGUGAGAUUAAUUUCCUUGGCCUCCAGAGAUAUUGGGGGUCAAAACAGAGAAAUUGGUGCUUGUAAUUUUGAUGAUUUGCACUUAAAGUGCGACAGUUUGUUGCUUUUUAACGUUGAUCUGAUUACUCAAUAGUGAAAUGUUUGAAAAUUUGAAAAUUUUUAUCCAAGAGCACCUACUGGGGUUGAAAUACAGGGGUUUCAAGUUAUCAGGAAUCAAUUGUCUGGGGUAAAUGAAUUGUAAUAGAUUGACACAAAUAUAAUAGAUGUGAAGAGAUGAUAAAUGGAUCUCAGUUGAGUCUAUAAACAAACCUAAACCAACCAAACCAAAAGUUACUCUAACAGCCCAUCAGAAGAAAGUAAAUUAUUACUUAGAACAUGGGAAAAUGUGAGUAAGGUAUGACCUUAUUGAUUCUGGUUUUCCACCUCAUUGGUUGAGAGCAUGGGACAAGUUUUCUACACCAAUCAGAGAGAGUUGAAACAAAACAAGUCUCGGAUUGCUUUUGACAAUUAGCUGAGAAUAUGACAAAAGAUUAAUUCAAGAUUUCCGCGAUCUGAAAUGAAAGAAUUUAACCUUAGCAAAAAUUGACAACCAAAUGAAAUAGUAUAGUAGUCAAUGCCUGGCAAAGUUUGCGUUACCUGAUCAGCCUUACCCAGCUGGGCAAGGCGAAAUCUGCAGUGGGUUUUUUUACAUGUUUCAGCCUUGACAAUGACAACAUCUCUUUAGCUCUGUUGUAUAACAAGAUUUCAAGUGUAAUAUGAAAUGUUUUAAUGUAUUACGAAAGUUUACUUUAUGACUACAAAUGAUUAAAUGUAUUUAUGCACAUCAUGUGAAUGGUUACCA